CGAACUUUCAUUAUUUAUGCGAAAAUCACGAGAUUGCAAUCUAAGUGUGUGGGUUGAAAAAAAUCGUAAAAAUAUUGCAGGUUAUUCCCUCAUAUAUUUAGACUUAAUUCUACUUUUCUGCGAAGAUUUGAUAUCAAGAACGAACAACAAAUGGCGCAGGAAACGAACUUUCCGCUUGAGAAGAUCAAACGCGAUUUAGAAAGUAGAGGUUUUCAAUAUGAAACGAUUGUUGGCGAAGGAAGUGACGCUCGAGUUGUUAAAGCCAAGAAACUAAGUGAAAACUCUGGUGAAAAUAAGGAAGAUGUAUACGCCAUUAAGAUUCUUCCUCUUAAAAAUGAUGAAAAGGCUAAAUAUUUGCAAAGAGAAGUUGGCGCUGUCCAAGACAAUAAAGAUUCUACGCAUCAGAAUAUUGUCAAAUAUUAUCAAUAUUGGAAUACUAUCCGGAUCGAUGAAAUUCAAUAUCUGUGUAUUCAAAUGGAGCUCUGCCGAGCCAACUUGUUCGUGUUCGUCUACGAGAAUGAGAUGGGUGGUGCUGAAAUUAUCAAAGCUCAAGGUCCGCCACGAUUUUAUCAACACGUUUUCCCACAGAUUUUGGAAGGUCUACGUUUCAUCCACGAGAAAAUAAGCUGGGUACAUCGCGAUCUCCACCUCAAAAAUAUUCUUAUAGCAAAUCCAAAUCCACGAGAAAUCAGUGGCAUAAUUGUAAAGAUCGCUGAUUUUGGUCGCGCCAGGGGAAUUAUCAAUACAUCUCAGUCACUCACUGAUUUCUCAAAACUGGAAGAUCUAUCUCCUCAUGUAGGGUGUGAAUUAUUCAGGGCGCCUGAAUUGGAUACUCAAGAUUAUGAUUACAAAGUAGAUUUAUACAGCGCAGGAAUCGUGCUGUAUUUUCUCAGCCGUUACCUUGAAGAUAAAAAGCAAUGGAAAAACGAGAUUGAGGCAUUUAGAGGUGGGAAACGUCGUUCUGAAGAUUUGUGCCAUCAAGACGACAAGCACUUAGUCAGCCUGAUUCAGUUGCUUACGAAAGAGCGAGAAAAACGCCCGACCGCUGAAAAAGCUUUGGAAAUUGCCGGGAAAUUUGCUACAUCCCAUGAACUUGUUGAAUCCCAGACACUUGUUGAACCUAAAAAGAAGAGAUUUUUUAUCAAGAAAGUCGGCGACGGGACCUCGAAACGAUGCACGAUGGAAGACGAUUUCCCGCAAAAUUUAUCUAGUUUAAAAGCAAGAAUAGGGAGGGAAACUGACAUCGAAGCAAACUCUCAAAUACUAUGUCAACAAACAACUAUAGUCGGCGCAGAACGAAUUGAAAUCACAUCUGACAAACACGUUCACGAUAUGUUUCACAGUGCCGAUAAAAGAGGGAAGGACGUCGUUAUCAUUGUUUCUGACUCGAAGAGUAAAGCGAAGGACUUUUUUGUAGAAAAACAAGGCGAGAAGUUGAAACGAUGCACAACGGCAGACGAUACCUUAUCUGGUUUACAAGCAGGAAUAGAGAAUCUUUUGAACGUCAAAGCCGAGUCUCAAGUACUACGUCAAAAGACAACUGUAAAUGACAAAAGUGAACACAUCGACAUAACGUCUGAUCAACAAGUUGAGAGCAUGUUUGCCAGUGCUGAGAAAACAGGAAAAAAAGUUGUUAUCAAUGUUUCAGAAAAUACAUCAGCACAAAACGAGCUCUCCACAGACACUAGCCAUUGUGAAUCGAAGAAUUUUUUGAUAAAGAUAGACAACGAGCCCUUGAAACGAGGUUUGAUCAAAGACGAUACCUUAAACUUAUCGAGUUUAAAGGACGAAAUAAAGAAAUGCACUGGGAUCGGAGCUGAAUCCCAAGUACUAUAUCAAGAGACAGUUAAACAUGGUAAAUAUGUACUGAUUGAGAUAGGAUCUGAUGAACAUGUUGAAAUCAUGUUUCAGAGUGACGAGGACAUCGUCAUCGUUGUUUCACAGCCACGCGUCGCGAGUUUGGACACGAUGAAUGUCUAAAGCAUGGCUUCCAAUUUGAGGCAAAACCAGCUGCGAGGAGUUUGUGGUUCAUUGCGGGACGACCUUGAGGUCUUUCUAUGCUUGCACCUACUUGUAAUUCGACAUUGUUGGGGUCAUAUAAUGCGACCUUGCGUUAUUUGUGCAUGCAGACACUUGAAUGAUAUAAAGACGUGCAUUUCAGUUAGCAUUAUCAAAUUCUGAUAUAGUCAGAUAUUAUACGUAGUUUCCCGUAUGAAAAUAGAACUGUUACUUCAUGUAGUGAGUUAAAAAAUUUUUGCAUGUUUUUUAUAUAUUUUUAAACGAUUUUAACCUUACAGCUACAUCACAUGGCAAUUUUAACCUAAGUAC